UAUUCCAUUUAGGGUUUCAGAAUCAACACUCACGAGCCGCCGCCGCCGCCUCUGUAGCUAUCUCCACCAACAUCAACAAUGGCCAGAAUCAAGGUUCAUGAGCUGAGGAACAAGUCGAAGCCUGAUCUACUGACUCAGUUGAAGGAUUUGAAGGCAGAGCUUGCUCUUCUUCGUGUUGCCAAGGUCACUGGUGGUGCUCCUAACAAGCUCUCCAAAAUCAAGGUGGUAAGGUUGUCUAUUGCCCAGGUUCUGACUGUAAUUUCACAGAAGCAAAAGGCUGCUCUUAGGGAAGUUUACAAGAACAAGAAAUACCUGCCUCUUGACCUGCGCCCAAAGAAAACUAGGGCCAUCCGCAAACGUUUGACCAAGCACCAGGCGUCUUUGAAGACGGAGAGGGAGAAGAAGAAGGAGAUGUACUUCCCUUUGAGAAAGUAUGCUAUCAAAGUGUAGGCUAGGAUCUAAGUUCGCAGAAAUUUUGGUGUUUGAAUCAGGAUAUAUAUUGGUUUAAACCAUUUAUCAUGCAAAUUUUGUUUAGUUUGCUUUUGUUUGGCACUUGUGACAUUAGAAACAUGACUGAUAUGGAGCUUUAUUUGUUCCUAGUAUCAAGUGUUUGC